AUUGGAGCCAAGAUGGCGGCCAACGUGGCGCGGAGGUGCCCCUGGGGCUCGGCGCGCAGGCUUGGACUGGUUGCCUACCGCAAUUACAGCAGUAGCGGGAACAGCUACCCCAACAUUCCCCUGACAGUACCUCUGCCUGGGGUGCCAAAGCCUCUCUUUGCAACUGUUGACACCCAGCAGGGCUUUGAGACAAAGGUGACCACUCUUGAGAAUGGACUGCAGGUGGCUUCACAGAAUAAAUUUGGCCAGUUCUGUACUGUUGGGAUCCUUAUCAACUCAGGAUCAAGAUAUGAAGCGAAAUAUAUUGGCGGUAUUUCUCAUUUUUUGGAAAAGCUGGCUUUUUCUUCGACAGCUCAGUUUGGCAGUAAGGAUGAGAUCCUUCUCACCUUGGAAAAGCAUGGUGGUAUCUGUGAUUGCCAGGCAUCAAGGGAUACCACAAUGUAUGCAGUUUCUGCAGAUGUUAAAGGCUUGGACACUGUCGUUGGUUUGCUGGCUGAUGUAGUGCUACAGCCCAGGUUGUCAGAUGAGGAGAUUGAGAUGACUCGUAUGGUGGUUCGUUUUGAACUGGAGGACCUAAACAUGAGACCAGAUCCAGAGCCGUUGCUCACAGAGAUGAUUCAUGCGGCUGCUUACAGAGAAAACACUGUGGGGUUGAACAGGUUCUGUCUAGGAGAAGACGUAGAGAAAAUUGACAGAGAAGUCCUCCAUUCGUACCUGCGGAAUUACUACACACCUGACAGGAUGGUGCUGGCUGCUGUAGGGGUUGAGCAUGAAAGGCUUGUGGACUGUGCCAGGAAGUACCUUCUUGGAACUGAGCCGGUGUGGGGAAGUGUGGUGGCCAAGGAUGUGGACAAGUCGGUUGCCCAGUACACUGGUGGGAUCCUUAAGCUUGAAAAGGACAUGUCAAAUGUGAGUUUGGGGCCCACUCCAAUUCCAGAAUUGACCCACAUCAUGAUUGGGCUGGAAACCUGUUCAUUUCUGGAAGAAGAUUUCAUUCCCUUUGCCGUCUUAAACAUGAUGAUGGGUGGAGGUGGAUCUUUUUCUGCCGGAGGGCCGGGCAAAGGCAUGUUCACCAGGCUGUAUCUCAAUGUGCUUAACCGGCAUCACUGGAUGUACAACGCCACUUCAUACCAUCACAGCUAUGAGGAUACAGGCCUCCUGUGCAUCCAUGCUAGUGCAGACCCAAGACAGGUCCGAGAAAUGGUGGAAAUAAUUACUCGGGAGUUCAUUUUAAUGGCAGGAGCAGUGGGAGAGGUUGAGCUUGAGCGAGCCAAGACCCAGCUGCAGUCCAUGCUCAUGAUGAACCUGGAGUCCCGGCCAGUGAUCUUUGAGGACGUGGGGAGGCAGGUGUUGGCAACAGGCAUGCGGAAACUUCCUCACGAGCUCUGUGUUCUGAUAGGUAAAGUAGGAAUUGAAGACAUCAAGAGGGUAGUGACAAAGAUGCUGCAUAACAAGCCAGCCGUGGCUGCACUGGGGGACUUAAUGGAGCUGCCCAGUUACGAACAUAUCCAGGCAGCCCUUUCCAGUCAGGACGGGCGGCUCCCGCGGGUGUACCGGCUGUUUCGUUAAAGCUUCGGCAACUGCUGCACAGACAUCUCCUGUGGUUCAGAAGA